UCAGUUUUGUGAUAACUGUUCAAUCCCAAACACCAAAAUCAAAAUGAAAGUGAUCUUCGUUGUUGCUGCGCUUGUCGCUGUUGCUUUGGCUGCCCCACAAGGCGCUGAUAAAGACGCCACUAUUCUCAGGAAUGAUCUGGAGAACAUUGGAGUUGAUGGAUACAACUGGGGAUAUGAAACGAGCAAUGGUAUCAAGGCUGAAGAACAAGCAACCCUCAACAAUGCUGGUACUGAAAAUGAGAGCAUUUCCGUUCGUGGUUCCUUCAGUUAUCUUGGAGCUGAUGGUGUUACCUACACUGUCAACUACAUUGCUGAUGAAAAUGGUUUCCAGCCAGAAGGCGCUCAUAUUCCUAAGAACUAAAUAGACUAUUUUAAAUAACUCAAUAGGUUCCAAUUAAACUCAGGAUAUUCCUUGUAAAUAUGUAUAAAUUGUGACAAAUGUAAAAAAUGAAAAGCACCCAAUAAAGCAAAAAUUUGAAAAAUA